CAACGACGACGGCGACGGGGACGACGAGGAGGAGAUAAAGCAGGAGACGAAACAGCGGGCACGGCAGCGGAAGAAAGAAGAAAAAGCGGCGGCGGAGGAGGAGGAAGAGGAGGAGGACGUAUCGUCGCCGCGCGCGCGACAGACGUAGCAAGGGCAGGAGGAAGCCGACGAGGCCGGGCGCCGCGCGCUCGCACGUUGCCGUGCCGCGCUUUACUAUACCGCGGCCACACGCGCACCGCGUCGUGAUCCGCGUACGCGCGCGUGAAACGCACACGCGCACCAUAUUACAUAUUUAUAUGCAUACACGGUGACCCGCGCGCGGAGAUAAUACAGUGUAAAUGGCGCUCUCGGCGCAGAACCAGUCGACGUCGUACGUGAACUUGUAUUAUUCGAUCGUCCAGCGUGCGGCGACGCGCUACUUUAAGGAAUAUUACAAUUCCGAUACUGGCGCGCCCUACGUAUUGUACAAAGAUAACAUGGAGAGACCCCAGGGUCAGUGGGGCCCGGGGCCGGGAUCUCUCCAGGACGGUGGACUGUACCCUCAGCAGCAACAACAGCAACAGCAGCAACAGGGUUCCUCCUCGUCGGGAAGCCCACAGCAGGCCUGUGGACCUCCGGUCGAGGGCGAAAGCGGUCCCCCGCCCUCGUUAGCCUCGCCCGUGCCCUCACCAUAUCCCUCGGCGCCUCCCGAGCCUCAAUCCUUGACUCCGCCGGACGAUGACAUACAAUCGAGUCAAGCCACGUCCCAGCAGCAGCAACAACAGCAGCAGCAGCAGCAAACGCAGCAACAGGUCCAGCAGCAGCAACAGCAGCAGCAACAACAGCAGCAGCAGCAGCAAGUCCAACAACAACCUCAGCAGCAGCAACAAACGCAACAGCAAGAUCACUCGCCGCAACAACAAUUGACUCCUCACGCAGAGGUGGAUCGCAGCGAUUGCUUUCCCGGCGCCGGAGAGCUGCAGCAAUAUCCGCAACAUUAUUUCAAAGACUCCCGGCCGCACCCCUCACCGUCCGUGCCGCCGCAUAUGCUCACGCCCGGCGGCUUUUCCGCGCUGCAUUAUCUCAAGCAACCUGGAGUAAUGCUGACGUCCCUCGGCCAAGGCGACGGCGGGCCCGGUCUGGACGCGCAUCAGUACGCGAGUCCGGGCGCGCCGAAUAUGGCGACCGGGCUGCCUGACAUUGUGCAGCAGAGCGGCAAAUCGUCCAAGGCCGGCAACAGCGAUCUACGUCUGUUCAAGUGCUUGACCUGCGGCAAAGACUUUAAGCAGAAGUCGACUCUGCUGCAGCACGAGCGGAUCCACACAGACAGCCGGCCGUACGGAUGUCCGGAGUGCGGCAAGCGGUUCCGUCAACAAUCCCAUCUCACGCAGCAUCUGCGCAUACACGCUAACGAGAAGCCGUACGCUUGCGUGUACUGCGAACGUACGUUCCGGCAGCGUGCCAUCCUCAACCAGCAUCUGCGCAUCCACUCGGGUGAGAAGCCAUACCAAUGUCCGGAGUGCGGAAAACACUUCCGUCAGAAGGCGAUCCUGAAUCAGCACGUCCGCACACACCAAGACGUGAGCCCGCACCUCAUCUUCAAGAACGGAAUGACGCCGACCCUCUGGCCGCAGGACGUUCCCUUUCCUCCCGAAGAGGGUAAGGAGGAGGUGGCGUCGACAUUCGGUGACACGGACACGCAGUCGGGCGCGUUCAGUCCGGCGCCGGACGCCAACUCCAUCCAGUACCCGGCAUACUUCAAAGAUCCGAAGGGCGGCAACCAUGCGGUCUUUGGCGCGGGUGGCUCGGGCAGCUUCGGCGCGUUGCAGUACAUCAAGCAGCAGGGUGGCACGAAGAGCUGUCUACCCGAUGUGAUACAGCACGGCCGCUCGGCCGGCAUGCCGUUGUACGUGCGUUGUCCGAUCUGUCAGAAGGAGUUCAAGCAGAAGUCGACGCUGCUGCAGCACGGAUGCAUACACAUCGAGUCGCGGCCGUACCCUUGCCCGGAGUGCGGCAAGCGGUUCCGACAACAGUCCCACCUCACGCAGCACUUGCGCAUCCACACGAACGAGAAGCCGUACGGCUGCGUGUACUGCGGACGUAACUUCCGCCAGCGCACGAUUCUCAAUCAGCAUCUGCGUAUCCACACCGGUGAGAAGCCUUACAAGUGCCAGCAGUGCGGCAAGGACUUUCGCCAAAAGGCGAUCCUGGACCAGCACACGCGCACUCACCAGGGCGACCGGCCGUUCUGUUGUCCGAUGCCCAACUGCAGGCGGCGCUUCGCCACCGAGCCCGAGGUGAAGAAGCACAUCGACAACCACAUGAACCCGCACGCGGCCAAAGUGCGCCGGAAUUCGAGCGGUGACACGAAGCCGCCCGGCACGCCCGCGGGCCUGGGUCCGGUACCCGUGCCCCGCGGCCUCACGCCGACGGUCGUCAAGCCGGAGCUCUACUUCCCGCAGUGCUACGCGCCCGCGUUCAACCAUCAGCCGCCGGUCUCCACCGCGCAGUUCCCCGGCGCCCAGGCGAACGGCGUCUCCGUGACCGGCGAAUUCAAGCCACCGACCGGUCUGCCGCCGCAGUGACUAACCGUCCAUCCUGCCGCCUACUAGCAAGCAGGAAUCCCCGCGCUGAGGUUUCAGCGCUGCUUCGGCCCCGCCGCCUUGGAAGCCGACGCAACGUCGAACGCCAUCGCCGCCGCCGCCGCCGCCGCGUCUCGAUGCGGUCAGCAGCCGAUCCAGCAACACUACCCGUGACAUUUAUCAUUGUGCAUUUACUAGAGUCUCCUUUAUUUUCGUCGUUUCACAACUCGCUCGCUCUUCUUGUUACAUCGCUGCUCAGCAGAGCCUCGGGGAACACGCCCAGCUAGUCUUCAACUCGACGGUGAGAACGGUUUCGUCGCGCAUUUCGUAACGCGUAACGCGAAUAUCCGAGGAACGUCGCGAAAACGUGCACUACACCGGUCGCUACGCCUCUGCUUGGCUGUCGGAUCAAAUUAUCUCCGAGAGAAAAAUCGCUUUUCUAUCCCUCUCUGAAUCGUAGCGCACCGGCUGUGAUGUAAAUAGAGAGAUAUAAAUUUCGGGGAUCGCUCUCGGGUACUUGUUUGACACACGUGUCUUUGGAUUUUCGCGUUGCUCAAGAAGCAGGAAGGAUAUGUGCGACCGGGUCUCUCGUGUGACAUUCGUCGAAUAUGCUAUAAUGUCACGCGCGCUGAACGACACCGCGGGAAGACGUUGUCGCUACUGAGUAACGAACGACGAUUCGAUUAUACUUGCUCAGAUACCAAUCGAUGACACUUAAACUCGUUAAUAAGUUCGUGUGAUACGCAUUCUUUUUUUAUUCUUUUUUAUGGUGUACGCGGUCGCGACGCAAUGUCCGUUAAUUUCCGUUCUUCAGCGCGUCGAGUUAGAUCGAUGCCUCGUUGUUGUUGACGCACACACCGAUCAACUAGUUAAUUCGCUAGCAAAUGCAAAUACCGAUUCCCGCAUCUCCAAGUCGUCGAUCUCGCACGAAGGACAAGUGACGUGAGGGGGAAACGCAGAAAAGCUCGGAAAAGCGGCCGCUGCUCACCGUCGAGUUUCUCGCUAGCCAGACCAAGGUAAAGUAACCAACGAAGAGUCUCGUCUAUUCCUCCGUACGUAUUUUUUAUAAUUAAUCGAUUACGACGUACCUUCGCGCGUUUCUUUCGUGGACAAGCGAAUAGCACGAGAGUUCGAGGCUUACGCCCGCGAGACAUAGGCGAAUUCAAAGAGAUCGCCGAGAGAGAAAGAGAGGGGAGAGAUCCCUCUGAAUCCGCCUAUCUUCUCCUCGCGGGAUGGUGCACGCGCCGCCCGGGGCGCUACCGCUCACCCUUCAAAAUGCCACGUAUCGCCAAACGGGUUGAAGAUGUUCGAUUUCGACCAGACUAAAACGAUUGUGAUACAAUAUUUAACUUGCCUAUGUUUUAAAAGUUUCGCGGGAGAGAAAGAGAGAAAGAAAGUGUGAGUGAGCGAGUAAGUGAGAGUGAGAACGAGAUAUAUAUACAUAUAUAUACAUAUAAUAUUAUAUAUAUAUGUAUGUGUAGAGAGAGAGGGGGGGGGAGAGAGAGAUGUUGUGCUUCUUGAGGGGAGCGCUUACACGACCACGAGAAGAAUACCUGUAAAUAUGUAAAGCCGUUCACUCCAAACAAAAGAAGAAGAGGAAGAAGAAGAGGAGGCAGAACGAGGAGGAAAACAAACGACAGAGAAAGGU